AUGGUACUAUUUAAAGGCGUGCAUCAGUCCAUCGAGCUCACUCUCGAUUCGGACGCGGAACAGCGAGCAUCUCCUGCAGAGCAGCAAGAGUUGGACCGAAGCCCAGCCUCGCAUUCCUACUUAAAGGCGUGCGGCGUAGAAGAACUCGCCGGUGCGGAUAGCCCUCUUUUUCAAGCAGCGCUUUCCUAUCACUGUCGAGGCUUCAAGAUGAUGCAAGUUCACGACAAUGGCGCAGCCGGUGGGGACGCUAACCCUCCAGAGAAAAGGGCUGUAAAGGAGAAGCCGACAAAGAAAACGAAGGAUGAGCUGUCGACAUCGAAAUCAGAACGAGAAAAAGGUCGGAAAAGGAAGGAAGAAUCGUCUUCCAAAAAAAUGAUGAACGAGCUGUUGAAAGUGAAAGCGGAACUGGAACGAACCCGUAAAGAGAAAGAAGAAUUGAGUCGAAGUUUGGCCGCCACGGGUCAGGACAGGAAUUUCGCCGGGGCGAUGUCGAGUAUAAUGCGUGACGAUCUGGUUAAUGGAAACGAAUCAUUGCUCAUGACGAUGAACAACAUGUCUCGCAGCAGUUUGAGUAUUCCGGAAUGCGCCCCAGCAUCCGGUGAUACAGAGCUGAACAAAAGAGUUUACGACCACUGGAAAAAUGUCUUCAACGCUUCAAUGAAUCUCAUCCAAGCAACUAAGGACCCAAGUAACACAACGUUAUAUAAUAGUUUAAAUUUCACCAUUCGUACCAAGUGUGCUGUAUUUUUCUUGAAUCAUAUACUCAUUUUUGAACACUUAGGGUAAUUCAUGUAUUUUGGACAGGCUGAGGACAACGUUGGAAAAAUCGUCCUCUAGCUUCCUUAGAAAGCAAUUGAUUAUUUUGCAAAGUUACCAAAACGCUUAUAAUAUGAUUGUACUUUGCGUUCCUGGUGACAAAAACCUUAAUGAAAGCAUUUUAAGCUGAGAAAAUUAAAAUUUCCGAUCGCCUGUUAGAAUUGCAUUUUGGACACCGAAUAUAUGUUUUGGACACCCUCAGGUAUAUAUAAUUUGGACAGGGCAAUUAUCUCAAUGUUCAGCCAUGAAUACUGCUAAAUAAUGGAAGUAGCAAAAAUUAACAAAUAUUUUCUUACAAAUAAUCAAAUUUCUCCGCUUAACAGGCAUCUAUUUCGAUAACUAUUACAGUUUUUGUUAAAAUCGAGGAAAUAUCGCCAGACCCACAGAAUACGCCUCCAAGUAUGCAAUCGCACAGCAUCCCCAUGUAGUUCGUCAGAUGACCAAAAUAUAUUACCAGUAGAAAACAUGCAAUGUAUUUUGGACACCACCUAUUUUAAGCGUUUCAGAUGAAUGUUAAGAGAUUGGCUGCCUAAUGCUUCUUUAUUGAACAUUUUUCAUUGCAAUAAGGCAGUUAAAUUUCUCACAAUUAUUAUUUCAACGAUUUUGGGGUGAAUAUUGUAUGCGACUGUGAAGUGUAUGCCGUCUUGCAUACCUGUGCAUUCGAGGGGUUUUAGUGAAAUAAUUUACAUUUUCGAUAAUUUUGAAGUAAAUUCCUAAU